AUGAUCAAAGAAAUUUACUUCAAUAGAAAAAAAAUAAACAGAAAAGAGCACUGCUUCAAAUGUGAUUGUGAUUUUAACAAAAAUAAAUUGAAUAAAGUGGGAUCAAGAAAAUGUGAAACACCGAGUUCUUCAGGAAUAAUUGUUAGAGCAAUGGAUAAUCAUAUAACUCAAUCUGAAGAAAGCUUUGCUCCUGGAAUUGCAAAAAUAAUGGUAAAAAAUUUUGGAUGUAACCAUAACCGAAGUGAUUCUGAAAGUAUGAUGGGCCUUCUUUCCGAAUAUGGAUACACUUUAGUUGAUGAAUUAGAUGAAUGCAAUUUAAUAGUAAUUAAUAGUUGUACUGUCAAAGGGCCAAGCCAAGACUCGUGCCAAAAUUUGAUAGAGCUAGCAAAAUCAAAAAAUAAAUUUGUUGUAGUAACGGGAUGUGUUCCACAGGCAGAUAUAAAUUUGAACUUCUUAAAAGAUGUUUCAAUAAUUGGUGUCAGAAGUAUUCAUCGAAUAGUUGAGGUUGUUGAAUUAACAUUACAGGGAAACGUUGUUUUGUUGAUUCCUGAUAAAAUGAAAGGAGAAUCAGCCCCUUUAAUAGAUACCCUUGAAGCUAGCUUGCCUCCUUUGUUAUUACCAAAAAUUCGUCGCAACCCUUAUGUUGAAAUUAUUACCAUUUCUGUUGGUUGUCUUGGAAAUUGUACUUAUUGUAAAACUAAGCAAUCUAGGGGCGAUUUAGGUAGUUAUCCUAUUGAAACGAUUAUUGAUAGAAUCAAUCAAAGCUUAAAUGAAGGGGUAAAACAAUUUUGGUUGACUUCGGAGGAUGUCGGGGCAUACGGAAAAGACAUUGGCACAAAUUUAUCUGAGCUAUUAAGAGAAAUACUAAAAGUUAUACCAAAAGACGUAAUGAUAAGGAUAGGGAUGACAAACCCACCACAUAUUUUGGAUCAAAUUGACGAGAUUAUCGAAGUUAUGAAACAUCCAAAUGUAUUUGAAUUUUUGCAUAUUCCUGUUCAAAGUGGUAGCAACAGGAUUUUGGAAUUGAUGAAGAGGGAGUAUGUUGUAGAGGAGUUUAGUUUGUUAGUUGAUUCAAUACUAAAAGAAAUUCCGUUAGCAACGAUUGCUACUGACAUUAUCUGUGGCUUUCCUGGAGAAAGUGACCAGGAUCAUAAUCAAACUGUUGAAUUAAUUAAUAAUUACAAGUUCCCGGUUAUAAAUAUUUCAAAAUUCUAUCCGAGACCAGGAACCCCUGCUGCAAAAAUGAAACCUGUACCUAAUGGGAUUUCAAAAAGCAGAAGUUCGGAGAUUACAAAUAUUUUUCAGUCUUUCAAUCAUAAUGAAUAUAUAUUCGAAAAAUUGCCUGAUGAUAAAAUUGUCAAAGUGUGGUUUAUAGAACAUUCUGAAAAAAGUGAUCACACAGUUGGGCACACAAAAUACUACAAUAAAGUAUUAGUUAAGAUGGAUAAUAAUUUAUUAGGAAAAUAUGCAAUGGUAAAACUAGUAAAACCUCAUAAAUGGCAUAUAGAAGGUAUUGUUAUCAAUUAA